AUGAAACGUAAGAAAGAGAGUGGGGCUAGUUAUCGGAAGAGGCGCAAGACUUUAGAGGAAUCGUUGAGUAAACAAAGAGGGAGUUUUCUGAAGUAUCUUCUACCGAAAGGAGAGGUCGAAGCUAUCCCUGAGCAAAGCCAAAGUCUCACCAAGGAAGAUGUCCUUGCGGAGUAUACCAUCGAUCAGCGAGGUGGAGCUUCUGUGCACAGUCUGUCCGAUUCGAGUGAAGAGGACGACGAUAUUCGAGGCCAUGAUGGUUCGCUCCUCGAUGACAUCGGCACUUGGCCAGAGGGAAUCGAUGCUGCGCUCCGCAGGAAGCUAAGAUUCGGACAACGAGAGAGUCUUGAGAAACUGGAUGCUGUAUUCACCUGCGAGGUCGGCUCUCUUUGUUUCUGCUGCCGGCUUUUCGCCGGGGGGAAAACAUCCAGUUUCAAUUCGAUCGACGGUUUCUCCAAAUGGUGGAAGUUGAACCCCAAGGUUCGCGAACACGAGAUAAGCUUCAUUCAUCAGGAUGCGGUCACGAAAUGGGACGAGAUGCGCAUGAGACUCGAGAAGAAUGCGACGAUAGACGAUCAUAGGCGAAGACAGAUUGAGAUGGAAACGGAGAAACUCGAGGCAGUUCUGCAGAGGCUGCUGGACAUAGUGAAGUACCUCGCGAAGCAGAAUCAAGCAUUCCGAGGUCAUUUUGAGCAGCAGAAAACGCAGAACAAGUUCAUCGAAAAACUCGGUGAACGCGUUCGGCAAAAAAUAAUUGAGCGGGUCAAGACUGCCAAAUAUUUCACUAUGAUCUUCGACAGCACACCUGAUCUGUCGCACAAGGACCAAACGAGUCAGGUUCUGCGAUACGUCAUCUUGGACGGCAAGGAAGUCAAAGUGACGGAGUCUUUCGUCGGUUUUAUCGAAACAGAGAAAAAGGACGCGGCCGGCAUCACCUCCAUGAUACUGCAGAGUCUUGAGAAGGACGGUCUCGAUAUACAACACUGUAGAGGCCAGGCCAAUCAUUCUCUGAACUUGGCCGGGGUCCACGCAGCUUCGGCAUCAGUCAGAUCCGUGUCAUUUUUCGGGGUAAUUGAGAAGCUGUUUUGUUUCUUCUCCUCGUCGACUCAUCGCUGGAGUGCGCUGACCGCAGUAGCAGGAAGCCUCAAGCGGCUGAUCGAGACUCGAUGGAGUGCGAGAGGUGAUGCUGUUGGUUCAGUGAAGAAGCACUACCUUGGGAUCAUUAGUGUAUUGGAGAAGCUCACAACUGAAGUCGAGAACGCUGCAACCAGAGGUGACGCCGCUGUCUUGCUUGGGGCUCUGCAGACUCACCACUUCUUAGUCUUCCUGAAUUUGUGGGAUCCUGUUCUGAGAGAGAUCAACUCCACUCAAUGCUAUCUUCAGACGAAGGGGCUGGAUCUGCACCAGUGCGACUUGCGACUGAGAGCACUCGAGUUUUUCCUCACCCAGAACCGAGAUACGCUCGUCGAGGAAGCUCUGACGAUGGCGGAGAAAACGUGUGGAGAGCUAGAGAUUCCAUUAAGCAAACCUACGAGACGGAACGACGCUUCGCUAUCUUAUAGUCAAGAGAUACGACGCGACAUGUAUGCCUCAAUGGACAGGAUUACUCAAGAAGUCAAGUCGCGGUUCAAUCAGAUUCACUCGAUUGCCGAGAAAUAUGAAUUCCUGAUCCCGCGAAACCUUCUGAACGCUGACUACCUUUGUACUUUAGAGGAACAUUCAAAGGACAUCGACUUGGAACUUUUCGUAUUCGAAAGACUGAUAAAAAAUCAUUUGCGAUCUACCAUGGGAGCCUCGCGUCUCAACAGUCUUGCGAUACUAUCUAUUGAGCAUCAGCUCACCGACGAGAUCGAUUUCGAAGAUGUCAUUCAGGAGUUUGCGGAAAACUAUGCCCGCUACUCAUCUAAUGAUAGAAGACUCAUUUGA